AACUGGAAAUACUUUCAUCAGUAGGCGUUAACUCUUUGAAAAAUUCGAUUAUAUACCUAAAAAUAAUUAUAAAAUUCAUCAUUUAUAGAAACUUGACAAAUUCUUAAAUUUCAAAAUGGCAUUAAGCGAUGCAGAUGUACAAAAACAGAUUAAUCAUAUGAUGGCAUUCAUCGAACAAGAAGCCAAUGAAAAAGCAGAAGAAAUUGAUGCUAAAGCAGAAGAAGAAUUUAAUAUUGAAAAAGGACGUUUAGUUCAACAACAAAGACUUAAAAUUAUGGAAUAUUAUGAGAAGAAAGAAAAACAAGUAGAACUUCAAAAAAAAAUUCAAUCAUCCAAUAUGUUGAAUCAAGCUCGUCUAAAAGUUCUAAAAGUUAGAGAAGACCAUGUACGCAAUGUAUUAGAUGAAGCUAGGAAAAGAUUAGGAGAAGUAACAAGAGAUAUUUCACGAUAUAGAGAAAUUUUAAAAUUAUUGAUUGUACAAGGAUUAUGCCAGUUAACAGAAAAUCAUGUUACUAUUCGUGUACGUCAAGUAGAUCUUCCUUUAGUAGAAUCACUUCUUGAUUCUGUUCAAAGUGCUUAUAAACAAAUAAUAAAAAAAGAUGUCAUGAUUAAAGUUGAUCAAGAUAAUUUUCUUUCUUCUGAUAGUUGUGGUGGUGUUGAUUUAUUUGCAGCUAAAGGACGUAUAAAAGUUAGCAACACCUUGGAAACACGAUUAGAAUUAAUAGCACAACAACUAAUACCGGAUAUACGUUCUGCUCUAUUUGGAUGCAAUCCUAAUCGCAAAUUCAUUGAUUAAAAAAUUCCUUUCAUAUUUUCUUUUUCUCUUCUUUUCAUUCUAUUUUCCUUUCUAACAAAACAUUCCCUUAUUUAGAACGCUAAAAUCACUAAAAAUUUGUUGUGUAGAAUGUAGAAUUUGUUGUUGAUAUUGUGAAAAGAGAGAGAAAGUGAAAUUGUAAAUUAUAAAUAUAUAUAUAAUAUAUAUAUAUAUAUAUAUACAUACAUACACCACAUAUAUGUGUGUGUAAAAACGCGUACGACACACACGUUCAAUAUACAUAUAUCUAUAAAAUAUUUUAUGUGAAAA